AGUAGUUCUACUAGGAGUUGGGACCCUUUAAUGAGUGGCGUAGAUAAGAGCGCCGUGCGCUUACAACUAGACUAAUAACGGAGCAGUGGCGCCAUUUAUGGAAGGGAGAAGAUACUUCGUACUUCAUACCUGAGGAAGAGAAAAAAAACAUUCAUGUUUUUCAUACCGCUUAUUAAAGUCGUUCGCGGUUUGAAUAUUUGAAAAUUAGAACAUGGUGAUCGCAAUAGGAUUUGAAGGAAGUGCGAAUAAAUUAGGCAUCGGAAUUAUCCGGGAUGAUGAUAUUUUAUCAAACAUACGUCAUACCUACAUCACGCCACCGGGAAAAGGAUUUUUACCUCGAGAAACAGCGUGCCAUCAUCGUCAACAUAUUUUAACGACUUUGAGAGACGUCCUGCAAGAAGCGGGUCUCACUUUAUCUGACGUCGAUGUUAUAUGUUAUACAAAAGGACCUGGAAUGGGAGCACCUUUAACCUCCGUUGUUUUAGUAGCCAGGUGCAUCUCACAGCUUUACAACAAGCCAAUGGUAGCAGUGAAUCAUUGCAUCGGGCACAUAGAAAUGGGAAGAUUAAUUACACGAGCUAAAGAUCCCACAGUUUUGUAUGUUUCGGGAGGGAAUACGCAGGUCAUAGCCUACUCCAGAAAAAGAUAUAGGAUUUUUGGAGAGACCAUUGACAUCGCUGUUGGAAAUUGUCUCGAUCGAUUUGCUAGGCUAUUAAAAUUAUCCAAUAAUCCCAGCCCUGGAUACAACAUUGAACAGCUUGCCAAAGAAGGUAAGAAGUUUGCACCACUGCCUUACACAGUCAAAGGAAUGGAUGUCUCUUUUUCCGGCAUAUUGAGCCAUAUAGAAGAACGAAUACCUAAAUGGUUGAAGAGCGAGGAAUACACAAGUGCAGAUCUGUGCUUUUCUUUACAAGAAACUCUCUUUUCCAUGCUGAUAGAAAUCACAGAGAGAGCAAUGGCCCACACCGGAUCCCAGGAAGUUCUGAUAGUUGGGGGCGUGGGGUGUAAUGUGAGACUGCAGGAGAUGACAAAACAGAUGUGUCUGGACAGAAAAGCCACACUUUAUGCGACUGACGAAAGGUUUUGCAUAGAUAAUGGUGUCAUGAUCGCCGUUACAGGGCUGUUGCAGUUUAAUAAAAGCGGCCAUACACCCUGGGGUGAAACUACAUGUGUGCAAAGAUAUAGAACAGACGACGUUCAUGUUGCUUGGAGAGAUUAGGUAUGCAGGUUCUUUUACCAUACUGGUACACAAAAGAUUAACAUUGGGUGUUCAGAUAUUUGAAAACAGCUGUUGUGCAUACACAUCAUCUUUAAUUAAAGAAGUAAGUCAUUGCUUACAUAAUAGAAUAUACAUUUAUGUACAUAACAUAGCGUUUACAGUGAUUGAACGCCUGAUGAUUACACAGGAAUGGUAUCCGCGAAAUAGUUCAUAAAUUACAACUGUAUGUAAUGCAUUUUUGUCACGAGUCAUUGAUUCUUGCAAUUGACCAUCGAUAAAGUGGCAGGAAAGUUUUCUGAAAUGCGUUUCUCUGAGAUUGACUCGGGGGUGAUCGACUCUCACAAGGUUCACUCAAUUUGCAUGCAAUUGAGUUUGAUGUUAUCAAAAAGAUAAAUAAGUAAAGGAACCAAACGCGCUGCGAACUAGGUUAAACAUAAAUCUUGAGAGGUUCAUAUAUUCUAGAAUGAAUCAUAUUUGUGAUAUUCAAGUUUGUGUUUCGACAUCAGAGAUUUUCGACCGAGAAAGAGAGAUCGAGAGAUUUUUUCUAUCGAUUCAGAAUACCAAUGUUCAAUAGUAGGUUUUGGCAAGGAUUUUAUUCACGACGUAUUUUGAGACCAUUGAUCUUUUUUUUCUUCAUGGCUAUUUCCUCGUUUAGGGUAUCGUAUCGUCCAGAAAUAGAUUUGAUAAAGCGAUAAGCUUUACCACAAGCAUGAAAAAAAAUGUAUUAGUUGACCAAAACGCGAUUCUUCUCAUAUCAAUUGGCAUAUUUUAUCACUCUGACUUUCACUCGACGGAUGCAUACCGCAAACGGUAAUUGUGUUUCACAGAAUAAAAAGCUUUAUCAUUGA